UAAUACUUAAAUUCUUUUUUUUAAUAAAUAAUUAAAUUCUAGGCAAGAAUUUCCCCUCACUAAAAUGUUAAAAAGUCUCCUCUCUUUUCUACUGCUUGAAUUUUUUCCCACCAUAAAAGAAUGGCGAUCAUUUUCAAGAAUUCAUCUUCACCUUCCAAGAAUUCAACAAGAACCCGUCAAAAGACUGCUGUACUCUUAGUCUUUUUUACCCUGACAACACUUCUCCUAGCUUCAUUCUUCAGAGAAUCCUUUCUUGGUUCCAAAGGACAAGAAGGAUCAACCGACCCUGCGUCUGCAACUCCGAUUCCACAUCCUAUUGUCAGCAGUGCUUGUAGCAGAACUUUCUAUCCUUCUUUGUGCCUCACUACCCUCUCUUCCAUUCCCGCUUCCAAGAAUUCCAUUACCUUCCUCUAUAUUCUUGAAUCUACGAUGGAUGCGGUUGAGAAAUCUGUAACCAGCGCAAGAACGCACGUUUUGGGUCUCUUCACCUUCCAGGAUUUGAUUUCCCAGGAGGAGAAUGCGCUAAAAGAUUGUGUGGAGAUGUUAGAUCAAACCCUUUAUGAACUUGGACUAGCCAUGGAUGAUCUGCACGAUUUCCCUGCACCCAUACGUCAUCUCCAUUUAUUGUAUGCUAAUAUCAAGACCCUACUUAGUGCAGCCAUGACGAAUCAGAAUACAUGCAUUGAUGGGUUCUCUGAUUUGGAUGAAUCUGCUUUUGAGAAUCACAAGGAUCUGAAAGUGAAGCUCCACCACUUGUUUACCCCAGUAACUCGCAUGAUCAGCAACUGUUUGUCCAUAGUCACAUACAUGGAAGCCAUAAACGAGAGUGGAAUUUUUAAUGAUCAGCAGAUGUUUGUUAAAAAGAUUUUGCCGAAUAGGUUUCCAGCAUGGAUGACAUCUAGUGACAGGAUUUUAAUGGAAAGAAGGCGAAAUAUGAGGCCUAACAUUACUGUUGCUAGUGAUGGGAGUGGUGAUUAUCGCCUGAUUAGUGAGGCAAUAAAGAUGGCACCAAAAAGAAGCAGGCACAGGUUUGUGAUCAAGAUCAAGGCAGGAGUGUACGACGAGACUGUGGAAAUAUCCAGGGAGAAGAUUAACAUCAUGCUGAUAGGAGAUGGAAUGACCAAAACCAUAAUCAGAGGGUCUAAAAACUUUGUUGAUGGGUUUUCCACCUUUGAUUCUGCUACCUUAACUGUAACAGGGGACAAAUUCCUAGCCAGGGACAUGACAAUAAUGAACACAGCAGGUCCACAUAAAUAUCAGGCAGUUGCUGCGAGAGUGACCUCUAAUUCUGCCUUUUAUCGAUGCAAUUUCAGCUCAUAUCAGGAUACACUUUUUGCUCAUUCACUUCGCCAAUUCUACCGUGAAUGUACAAUCCAAGGCACGAUUGACUUUAUUUUUGGAAAUGCAGCUGCAAUUUUCCAAAACUGUCUGAUACUUGUUCGCAAACCAAUCCCUGGUCAAAGUAAUAUGAUCACUGCUCAAGGCAGGAGAGACCCAAAUCAGAACACUGGUUUCUCAUUGCAAAAUUGCACCAUUCUUGCUGCAGCAGAUUUGAAAGCGGCGAAAAGGCAACAUAUUUCCACUUUCUUGGGUAGGCCUUGGGGAAACUACUCAAGGACUAUGGUGAUGAAGAGUUAUUUAGGGGACCUGAUACACCCACAGGGCUGGUACAAAUGGGAUAACUACAGCACUUUAGAUACAGUAGAGUAUAUUGAGCACUUGAACUAUGGACCAGGCUCCAACACAAGGCAUAGAGUUACUUGGGGAGGCUAUAACAAGAACUGCAGUGAAGACAUAGCCAGGCAGUUCACAGUGGGCAAAUUCUUACACGAAGCAGAUCAUUGGUUAGAGUCCACAGGAUUUCCACUCUUUACUGGUUCAUAAUGAAUGUCAGAUUUAGCGAGACAGAAAUGCUAUGCACAUAUUAGAUGUUACCACAUAAUUUUGUAUUAGGCUGCUUUGCUUUUCCAUUUUUAGUGAAAAAUUUCAGUGUCAUCCCGUGAAUUCAAUUGUAAGAUUUAAGAAUAGAAUCACCAUUGGACUUCA